CUGCAGGCUCAACCAACAAUGAUUUUCGGAUCCUAGGCUAAAGCACUCUCCGUGCAUCUGCAGGAAACCGAGAGGAAAGGGGUAGAGAGAAUCCUACGUACCCAAACAGCGCGAGAGAGAGAGAGUCCGAGUGAGUGCAGAGCGAGAGAGAGACGGGAGGAUAGGCAAGUGGGUUUGUGGAGUAAAAAAAGAACGCCUGGACCUGCCAAGAUCAAGAGGAUUGUGUGUUAUUCUCGGAAUUUUAUUUGUAAAGUGUUUUUUUCGCUAAUCAAAAUGUCAUCGUCUGGGAAAGACAACAGUGGUGCUCAACAUGUCAAUUACGUGGGACCGUAUCGCUUGGAAAAGACGCUCGGCAAAGGACAGACAGGCCUGGUCAAGCUGGGGAUCCACUGUGUCACAUGCCAGAAAGUUGCAAUUAAGAUUGUCAACCGAGAGAAACUCAGCGAGUCGGUACUAAUGAAGGUUGAGCGGGAAAUAGCGAUUCUGAAGCUCAUAGAACACCCUCACGUUUUAAAGCUGCACGACGUCUACGAAAAUAAGAAAUACUUGUAUCUGGUGUUAGAGCACGUCUCAGGGGGAGAGCUCUUUGACUACCUGGUAAAGAAGGGACGGUUAACACCCAAGGAGGCCAGGAAGUUCUUCAGACAGAUCAUCUCUGCACUGGACUUCUGCCAUAGUCACUCCAUAUGCCACAGAGAUUUGAAGCCAGAGAACCUGUUGUUAGAUGAGAAGAACAACAUCAGGGUAGCAGACUUUGGCAUGGCCUCUCUACAGGUCGGCGACAGUCUGCUGGAGACCAGCUGUGGAUCUCCACACUAUGCAUGCCCAGAGGUUAUAAGGGGGGAGAAGUAUGACGGCAGAAAAGCAGAUGUGUGGAGCUGUGGGGUCAUCCUCUUUGCCCUAUUGGUGGGUGCCCUUCCAUUUGAUGAUGACAAUCUGAGGAACCUGCUGGAGAAGGUGAAGCUAGGAGUGUUCCAUAUGCCCCACUUCAUACCCCCAGACUGUCAGAACCUCCUCCGGGGCAUGAUCGAGGUAGACGCCACCAAACGGCUAACGUUAGAACAGAUUCAGAAGCACAACUGGUACAUAGGGGGUAAGAAUGAACCCGAACCAGAGCAGCCUGUUCCCAGGAAGGUGGCUAUACGGAGCCUGCCCUCUACAGACGACAUAGAUCCGGAUGUACUGGACAGCAUGCAUUCUCUGGGCUGCUUCAGAGACAAGAACAAACUGAUGAAGGACCUGCUCUCGGACGAAGAUAACCAGGAGAAGAUGAUCUACUUCCUGCUGUUGGACCGUAAGGAGAGGUACCCCAGCCACGAGGACCAGAACCUGCCCCCACGCAACGAGAUUGACCCCCCCAGGAAGCGUGUGGACUCACCCAUGCUGAACCGCCAUGGCAAAAAGAGACCGGAGAGGAAGUCUAUGGAGGUGCUGAGUGUCACAGACGGAGGCUCCCCCGUACCCGCCAGGAGGGCCAUCGACAUGACACAGCACGGACAGAGGUCAAGGUCCAUAAGUGGAGCAUCUUCCGGUCUCUCCACUAGCCCUCUCAGCAGCCCACGGGUAAGUUACCCCUCACCCAUCCCCCGGGGCAGCCCCCUCCCCACCCCCAAGGGCACCCCUGUGCACACACCCAAGGAGAGCCCGGCGGGCACGCCCAACCCCACACCGCCCCCCAGCCCAUCUAUCGGCGGUAUGCCCUGGAGGACACGCCUCAACUCCAUCAAGAACAGCUUCCUGGGCUCGCCGCGCUUUCACCGCAGGAAACUACAAGUUCCCACACAAGAGGAGAUGUCCAGCCUCACACCAGAGUCUUCCCCAGAACUUGCCAAAAAAUCCUGGUUUGGUAACUUCAUCAACCUGGAUAAAGAGGAGCAGAUCUUCAUCUUGAUCAAAGAUAAGCCUCUGAGCUCCAUCAAGGCUGACAUUGUCCAUGCCUUUCUUUCGAUCCCUAGUCUCAGCCACAGUGUGAUCAGCCAGACGAGUUUCCGGGCAGAGUACAAGUCCACAGCCGGCCCCACGGUCUUCCAGAAGCCAGUCAAGUUCCAGGUGGACAUCACCUACACAGAGAGCACCACCGCCCCCAAGGAGAACGGCAUCUACUCUGUCACCUUUACCCUGCUCUCAGGACCCAGCCGGCGCUUCAAGCGGGUGGUAGAGACAAUUCAGGGCCAGUUGCUAAGCACACAUGACCAGCCGGGAGUUCAGCAGCUUUCUGCAUUGUUUGUUCUCUCUCUCUUCCUCUCCCUCUCUCCCCGUUUUCUUUGCUUCCCGUUUGUGUACCUAGGUAGCCCCUUGAAUAACUUCUUUGACGUAAUUGAAAAACUUUUUUCAGAGGAGAAGAACGGCCAGGUGCCUCACCACCAACCCCCCGCUACCCCAACCACCCGACAUUGCUCCUCUUCCAUGCGAGAAGAUACAAAAUGUCCGCCCGCCACGGGCCGAGACAGAGUCAGGAUGGCGUCCAUUGGGACACUGGAGGAAUCCUAGACCAGGAAACUGUCGUAGCAGUAGAGCCAAAAUGUUAGUUAGAGCUAAGAUGAAGCAUUAAAGAUCCAAACCCGAGUAUCACUUUACCCAUUCUUAUCAGGGGUUUUGGAAAAGUGGUCAGAAACUUGACAAUGAAAAAGCUAGCAGUACUGUAACUGAACAUACCCUCUUUGGACUCAAUAUACUUUUUGUAUGAAAGAAUGACUGUAUAGAGAAUUUGAAUCAAACAGAUAUUUUACCAAACCCACAAUCUCCCCUCAUCUUAACACACACACACACACACACACACACACACACACACACACACACACACACAUCACCCCAUCUAAGCGUCUGUGCCAUUUUGUGUGCUCUCCCUCCCCCACUCUUUUGAUCACAUAUUGGCACUGUUCCAAAUAUAAAUACAUCCUUGAAGUAAUCACAGAUCUGAAUAGGUUAGAUUGGUGAAAGUAGUAGGGUGGUAACCUUGCUUACAUCUAUCCAAUCACUGUGCUUACCUCAAGGAAACGAGGAAGGAAGGAUCCAUUUCUGUAUUAGUACAGGGCCAUUGUGUUCUCUCUCCUCUGCUCACCUGUGUGAUGACUUGACUUGUUUCUACUACCAGGAAUUAUCCAGAAAACCUAUUAGAUCCUCCUCCUGCCUCCCUGCUCCAAUCCGCCUAUCCUCUUCCUCCUUGGUCAUCACUUCAACCCCACCGUCUGCACACCAAGAGAUGGACAUUUGUUGACUGAGUUGGGGACCGCUUUUCAAGGGGCCUCCUUCGCUACCCCGAGCAGCAGUCCCCGAGGGAGAAAACAGCAAUCCAUAUCCCUCUGAUACACAAGCAUGUUAUACAUAUACAAAUGCACACACACACACACACUUUUAUCCCUUCACAUGUAUAUACACACACACACACACACACAUACACACACACACACACACACACAGAUUAUUAAGCAUUUAACACCCAAACACACAAUCUCAUUACACAAAUAAAUACACGCUCCCCUUCUCACACACUAUUGCACAGUAUUUAUAGACAAACUCUGGGAUGUAAUAACAAGAACAAAGAACAAAAAAAUGGACAGAACAAUGAAGUGACCAAAAGGAGAAGCGAAGGAGGAUGAGUUUGUUGAUCUACUGUAGUAUCAACAUCCGACGCGGACGCUUGCUGGAUUGUAUCGUUUCUCUUUUUAAUGUACUUCCUCUUUCUUCGUGAAGAAACUGGAUUUAAAAAUACUAAGGGAUUCAGGGUGGAGGUGGGUAUUGGGGUAUUGGGGGUUAUCUAAAUGAAUGAUCUACUCUGUUGUACAGACUGAAUUCAUUUCGUAUGUAAAAAGGAAAUGUCUAGUUGUGACAGUGUUUAGAUAUAUCAGUAGGACCAGGUUUUACAAACUUGCGUUGCCACACUUCCCUUUUUCCCCCCUUUAUUUCGCCCUGUAUUUUUGUUUAUAUGGUCAUUUAGGAUUAUGAAUUUGUUUGAUUUGAUCUGAGUAAGGUGUCAUGGUACAAACAUUACUGUAUUCACCAAGUUUCUACCCCUUUUCCCCAGAGCACUUUGUCAUUUGUCAUGUACAGUAUACCUAUUUUAGUCUUAACUACCAGCAGUAGGAGUUUGAGGAGAAAAAAAAAAGUGAAAUGCAAUUGUGGAUAUUUUUGUAUUUUUUCCUUAUUUAUUCAUAUUUGUUCAUUUUCUCUGUUCCGUUUCCAAAUUUGUUAUUGUAACCUCACUCUUUAUAUGAAAGAAAAGCUGUUAGAUCAGUUGAAUGUUAUUUAUUUAUUUACCUGCUUGUAUGUUUGUAAAUGAGGCAACAAGCUUUUGUUCAGUCAAAUAUUUAAUUUUUUUCAUUCCUUUGGCUGACUGUAUUUCUUUCCUAGUGUUCAAGAGGGAGGGGGAAAUACUUGUGUUGUAUGUGUUUAAAGGUCCACUGCAGCUCUAUUUUUUUUCUCAACAUCAAAACAUUUCUGGGUAACAACCUUAAUGUGAUUGUUUUCAAUUAAAAUGAUCAAAAACAAAAUAAAAUAGCUUCUUAGCAAAGAUACUUUUCUCAAGCAACAAUUUUAUCUAGGACUGUCUGGGAGUGGUCUGAGUGGGGAGGGGAAACUGAAAACUAGCUGUUAUUGGCAGAGAAGUUUGGGACACUUUCUUAUGGGUCUAUUAACUCAUUUACCGCCUGGUGAUGUCACCAGGCAGGCCAAUACUCCAUCCCACUCAAACAGGCUGAAA